AUUGGCGCCAAACAUCAACGAAGCAACAGUCAUUGUAUGGAGGACAAGCAAAAACUAUAUCAUCAUCAUUUCUUUGUUGCAUUUUAUACGAUUUCGUUUUAAUUUCAAAUUCAAUUUUAAUUUAUGUGUUUCGAUAAAUCAAAAUUGUGUGCUUAUAAUUUUUUGUGUAAAUUAAUUCUUUUAAAUACAAUAGUAAUAAUGUCAACAAGAGUGACAAGAUCAUCUGCUCGAAUUUCAACGAACGGUGUUAGUACACAAACGCCAACAAAAUCAACGGCUGUGGAAAAACGUCGUCAGCAUAAAAAAGUGAAUGAUGUGAACAAUGAUCAAAAACGAUGCAUAAAUGAAGAAACAAAUGCAGACGAUGAUGUGCAUGUAACACCGCCAAAACAACGAAAAUCGUGUGCCAAAGCGAAUGCAUUGAGUCCAUCAACGUUAUUGCAUCGAUUGAGUAUCGGCGAACAAGAACAAGAUGAAAAUCAACCAGAAAAGCCGAAAAGUAAAAUCGAUAAUGCUCGCAAAGUAUUGAAUGCAGCCGAAACCGAAGAAUUGUAUGGACGUGAAAAGGAAAUCGAUGAACUCAAUGAAUUUCUUACAUCAAAUAUCACAAAGAAAACUUCAGCGAGUAUUUAUAUCAGCGGUCAACCAGGCACUGGAAAGACGGCAUGUAUUCGAAAGCUGUUAGUUUCAACGAAUGCGAAAAAAUUCCAAAAAGUUUACAUCAAUUGUAUAAAAUUGCAAACACCAGCAACUGUGUAUCGUACCAUUUGUACAGAACUGAAUUUACCGGUUGUGAGCGAUAAGAAUGUGAAUUUACGCAGUAUUCAACAUUACAUUUGUAGCAAAAGUAAUAAAAUGGUUUUAUUAGUGCUGGACGAAAUCGAUGAAUUGAUCGAAAAAAAGCAAUCAAUAUUGUAUACAAUAUUUGAAUGGCCAGCAUUGUUAAAUGCAAAAAUCAUUCUGAUCGGUAUUGCCAACUCAUUGGAUUUAACAAAUCGUGCGCUAUCACGUUUACAAACGCAAUCGACAGCGGUGAAGCCACGCCUCAUGCAUUUUUCACCAUACACCAAAGAGCAAAUCGUUGACAUUUUCAAAAAUCGUUUGCAAGCAGCCGGUGUUCUGGACAUAUUUCCAGUGGCAACGUUACAAUUGAUGUCGGCCAAAGUGGCUGCCAUGUCUGGUGAUAUUCGAAAAGCGCUCGAUCUUGGUCGGCGUGUCGUUGAAAAGGCGAAAGAGAGCAAUUCAAAUUUCAAUGCGCAAAGUUUAAAUGAUCUCGGGAUCAAUGAAAUUGAAAAGACUGACAAAAUCGAAGUGAAACAAGUGCUUAACGUUCUCAACGAUGCAUACAGUACGGCCAAUAAAUGGGAUGAUGAAAAUGGCGAUGCAAUUCCAUUACAAGAGAAAAUUUUGGUGUGUACAUUGUUGUUGCUGUUGAAACAAUCCAAAAAUAAAGAUAUUACGGUGGGAAGAUUACGUGAAGUGUAUGCAAAAGUGUGCAACAAACGUGGCAUUUCGGCAUUGGAUGAAUACGAACUAUUUGGCCUUUGUUCGCUCACCGAAACUAAAGGAAUUAUCAAAAUGAUCAAAAAUAAGGUGGCACGACAAACGAAAAUACAACUACAGUGGGACGAAGAUGAGAUCACAAAUGUAGUCAAAGAUAAACAACUGAUAGCCAAUAUUCUGACGGAUGUUACUGUGUUGAAUAAAUGAAUGGCAACGAUGCUUUCAAUUUUUUAGGCUUUUUUUUCUCUUUUUCGUUUUGAAAACAUUUUUUAUUAUUUGGAUUUUUUUUAAGUGCAUUUUUAUGAGCCCAACGAUGUAUAGCAUAUUAGAUUUAAGCAUCGAUUUGCUCGAUUCAAUAUAAUUUCGAAAUAUUAAACUAGACCCACUUCAUUUUUAGUUUCAGCUUCAGACAAAUGAGUCUGUGUGUAUGAGUUAGGAUAUAUAUAUUUUUUUAGAUGUAUAAAUACCAUUUGAUUGUAUUCGAAUGAAUGUGCCAAAGAAAUGAUCGUGGGUCGAUGUUUUUCGCAAAAAUUUCAUCGUCAGUUCAUAUGCUUAUAUACCUUUAUAUAUAUAGUGAGAGAAAAUAUGUACACACAAACAUCUAAGACGAAGAAGAAGAAGAAAAAAAAAAUAUCAAAAACUCGAAGAAAAUUUAAAAAUAGAACCGAUUUUUCAUAUAUACAGCACUUGAGUCUUUCUAGUAAUUUCGAUAAAUUGGAAUGAACAACAAUCUAUCUUUUUUUUCCCUAUCUUAAUGAUUUUUUUCCUUUCUCCAUGCGUCAAAUAGUGUUCGUUCAUGCAAAUAUUUGAAAACGAAAAUUAUUUCACCAC